AUGUCGCAAGAUCGUGAUACCGGACCCAAUGUGAUCAGUAUGCUUACCAAGUGGCAUGGAUACGGUAAUCGGAAUUCCGCCUGGGUCAAGUUGCAGUUGGAUGAAUACGAGGAACAUUUGAACAUGAACGGCGCUAUGAUAGGACAAACGCUUCUAGGUUUUAUCGCGUACUUUUCAACAGGCGAUCAAGCAGGUAUCGAAUCACGGCCAACUACUGUUCUUCGAUCUUUGCUCCUUCCUGCUAUGUUGGAUACCGCCGGGUCCGCCGGGUACGCCGAGGAGGUCACUCAAGCCAACAUAUUCCUCGGAUAUGCAGGUUGUGUUUGCUCUGGCUGGGGCUCGUCGGUAGCAUGGCAUGCUGCUGCUUAG